CAGCCUGCAGAAGCAAUCAGAAACAAAUCAGAAAAGAGUCGACUUGCAAACCAAGAAAGAGAGAAAGAAAAGGGAGUAGAUCUGGCCGAGAGGAAACAUGACGAGAGAUUGAAGAUUUAGGAGAAAGAAGGGGAUCGAUAAAAUGACUAUAGAGAAUAAUCAAGGGCAAUACUGUAAUCUAAAUGGACUGAAGAUGUCAUUACGAAUGGGAAAGCACACGUGUAUUCCACACCCCUUUUGCGUGGGGGGGGGGGGGGGGAUCUCUGCCUGGGCUGGGCCCGUACGAACAUGAACUCAUUCUAGUGCAGCCCAUGAAAGAGACUGAAUUGCCGAAUUGGAGACAAGGCCUGAUAUCAUAGGCUAGUAGCCCGCACGUGAAAAUGUACGUGAUGAUCGGUCGGUGGGUGAGCGCGACAUUGGGGCGUUGCGUUUCUUGAUGCUUGGAGUUGGAGAUUAAAUUUGGUCGUGGAUGCACUAUCCGUCGAGCAUGAUGAUGCAGUCCGGACCGCGGUACAUGUCGCAGCAGUCGGCGCAGAUGAUGGCACCACAGUCGCUAAUGGCGGUGCGGUCGUCGAUGAUGUACGCGCAGCCGACGUUGUCGCCGCUCCAGCAACAGCAGCAGCAGGCGGCGGCGGCGCACGGGCAGCUGGGCAUGGGAUCCGGGGGCACCACCAGCGGGUUCAGCCUCCUCCACAGCGAGGCCAGCAUGGGCGGCGGCGCCGGGAACAGCAUGAUGAACGUCGGCGUCUUCUCCGACUUCGAACACAGCGGUGGCGGUGGCGACGGCGGCAGCGGCGAGGGGUCCACCUCGCUGUCCGUCGACGUCCGGGGCGCCAAAUCCGGCGCCCAGAGCGGCGACGGGGAGUACCUCAAGGGCACCGAGAAGGAAGGCAGCUAGGACAGCACUGACCAGCAGUUUCACCUCCCCAACGACGCCUGACAAAUGAGUCAACAUCGGUCCAUACAACCUUAGGACCUGUUGUUUUUUUUUAACAUAAGGGGUAUAGAUAUCUGGCAUUCGAUUUGAGAGAUGAAAUACAGACUUGGCAUCAUGUUAAGGGACGUAAUGGGGACUUAUUCCUUUUUCUGCAAGCCACAUAUUACAAAAACUCAAAAGGGCUGGCCUGAAUAUGAAAUGGUUCAAUUCCAAACAAAGAAAUUCGAACCAAUUCACAUAUAUAGUCUGGCGACACAUCAAU